CCAUUAAGCAGCCAAACCCAAAAUCAUUUCCUCCUCUUAUAUAUUAUUUUCCUUUUUUUCUCCUCUCAUUUGUUCUUAGCUCAUAAUAAAAAAUAAAUUAAAAAAAUCUGUGGCUCUUCUUUCACUCUCAGUUGCCCUUUGUAAUAAAGUUCUGAUCUUGAUUUCGAAUUCACGGCGGAGAGAAAAAAAUAUUUUAUUUGAUUAAUAAAUAGGUUCAGCGGAUUUCUCGGCUAAGCUUCUGGUUUGUGAAGCUAUGGGUUCAUUACAGGAAGAAGAAAAUGGAUGUAAGAAAAUCGAAAUUAUCCCGUUGAAAGAGCAGUUCAGUCCCGUGGACGAUUGCGGCCUAAAGGUGAGAAAGCCGUACACGAUUACUAAACAAAGAGAAAGAUGGACCGAAGAAGAGCACAAGAAAUUUCUCGAGGCCUUGAAACUAUACGGUCGCGCUUGGAGGAAAAUCGAAGAGCAUGUGGGCACGAAAACGGCAGUGCAAAUAAGAAGCCAUGCUCAGAAGUUUUUCUCCAAGGUUGUUCGUGAGUCUAAUACGAUCGAUGGCAUUCCCGUAAAACCGAUCGAAAUUCCGCCACCUAGGCCUAAGAGGAAACCGAUGCACCCUUACCCUCGUAAGCUCGUUUCUCCACUGAAAAUGGGAAUCUCGAUACAGGAGGAGAAUAUUCCGGCAGCAUCUCCGAGCACUUCGGAGGAUGAGAACCAAUCUCCUACUUCCGUUUUAUCUGCUGUAGCUUCGGAUUCAUCGUCUGAUCUUGCUCUCAAUGAUUCCGAUACCGAGGCGCCCAAAUUUCUUCCGGAAGAUUGCCAAAUUGGAAAUUCGAGUGAAGAUGAACGAAAAAAUCUGGAAUCGGAAAUUUCGUCUUCUUGUGGACAAGAGUCGAACGAAUCUUCCGCCCAAAGUUUGAAGCUGUUUGGCAAGAUAUUAUUGAUCAAUUCCACCGUGGAGACUUGUGAUCGAUCAACUACGCCAGUUUAUAGUAACGAAAUUAAGACUAGUAAUAUCUCGUGCACACAAACGACGAGUGAUAAGUGGGGCCCGUUUCCAUGGUUGACUCUCGAAGUGCACAAUCCAACCCCGGUCAAAGCGCAGCCCUUGUACAACGAUGAAAAGACGUUUUCGUCCUCGACCGGUUCGAAUAGCUGCCCUCAACGGAGAGGGGAGGAUGAAAGGGCGUUUUCGUCCAAUAAAUUGAGUAGGAAAAUAUCGGGGUCGUCGGUGAACUCCAGGAGGGGGUUUAUGCCGUACAAGAGAUGCCUUGUGAAGCAAGAUUCGAAUGUUUCCUCCACGGAAAUCGACGAGGAGAGGGAGAAAGAAACGAUUCGACUUUGCUUGUAGCUAGUAGGAGAAAACAAAUACCCUGUAUUUAAUGUCUGAUAUUAUUUGUCUUCUAUUUUUUUUUUGGGCACUUUUUCUAGUUGACUAUUGAAAAUGUACUUGUUGAGUAAAUUUUUGAAAUUCUUGAAUAUUAUGUUGACAUCUGCAAGAAAGCUGUUAACUUUUGUACUGUAAUUUGAAAGAGAUGCAUUUUCUGCUGGGAAAAAGUUUUAACUGUUUUUGGAGCCAAAAUG